CAAAUCAGUUAAGUUGAUCAAAUUUACAUCAAUCCCUCCUCUCUUUCCAAAACCCUAAAUUCUUCCUCUCUUCUAUCUUCCAAAAUUGUAGACCGAAACUAACAAGAAUGGGGGAUGUGGCAGAUAAAUUGGCUUAUUUUCAAGCAAUUACAGGCCUCGACGACCCCGAUUUAUGCACAGAGAUCCUCUCCGCUCAUGGCUGGGACCUCGAGAAAGCGAUCUCGUCUUUCACCUCCAUCUCUAACUCCUCUGACGAGCCCACCGCCGCCGCCGCCUCCUCCUCCUCCAAUUCCAAUGCCCAGGAAGCAGCAGUGGUCUUACCGGCCACAGCAGCCUGGACCGGUGGGGCCCCCGGCUUGGCUUGGAAAGUUGUGACUCUCCCGUUCUCCAUCAUUUCCCGUAGUCUAGGAUUAGUAUCGGGAGCGAUCGGGCUCGGGAUGUGGGCCGCCAGCGGAGUACUAUCUUAUUCGCUGGGGAUGAUCGGUCUCAAUUCGGGCCGAGUUGGGGAUUCUUCGACAACGACCCCGUUGGUGUCUGUUUCAGCUGCGGUGUCGGAGGCUAUGGAUUUUGUCGCGAGGUUUGAAAGGGAUUUUGGUAGGACGCGACCGAAUUUUGUAGCUGAGGGUUUUAUGGAUGCACUACAGAGGUCUAGGCAUGCGUUUAAGCUCUUAUUUGUUUACUUGCACUCGCCGGAUCAUCCGGAUACUCCUGUUUUUUGCGAUAGAACGUUGUGUAACGAGGCUUUGGCUGCUUUUAUUAACGAGAAUUUUGUCGCCUGGGGCGGUAGUAUCAGAGCUAGUGAAGGGUUCAAGAUGAGCAAUAGCUUGAAGGCGUCAAGAUUCCCUUUUUGUGCAGUUGUUAUGGCCGCCACUAACCAGAGAAUUGCAUUGCUGCAACAGAUUGAGGGCCCUCAGUCUCCUGAGGAAAUGAUCAAUAUAUUGCAGAGAGUGCUUGAAGAAAGUGCCCCUGUUCUUGUAUCAGCUAGGCUUGAUGCAGAAGAAAGAAGAAAUACUGUGCGUUUAAGGGAAGAGCAGGAUGCGGCUUAUCGUGCUGCACUUGAAGCUGACCAAGCUAGGGAGCGGCAAAGGAGAGAGGAGCAGGAACGGCUCGAAAGGGAAGCUGCUGAGGCUGAAAGGAAAAGGAAGGAGGAAGAAGAGGCUCGUGACAGAGCAGCACUAGAAGCUGCCGAAAAAGAAGCUGCAUUAGCCAAAUUACGACAGGAGAAAGCUCUUUCACUGGGUGCUGAACCAGAGAAGGGAACUGAUGUUACUCAAGUUUUGGUACGCUUUCCAGCUGGAGAUCGCAAGGAAAGGAGGUUCCACAGUACUGCAACAAUACAAUCUCUGUAUGACUAUGUCGAUUCUUUGGGCUGCUUAGAAAUGGGCAGUUACUGCCUUGUUUCAAAUUUUCCGAGAACUGUAUAUGGGCCAGAGAAGCUCUCCCUUUCUCUGAAGGAAGCAGGGUUACAUCCUCAAGCAAGUCUUUUUGUGGAGUUGAACUCAUGAGGGCAAAAUUGAACUUCUGGUGUUCAAAUAGUUCAAUAUGGAAUUCUUUUAGGAUAAAAUUUUAGUUGUACUUGUUUCCUUUGCUGCAUGAUUUGGCACUUUUGCAAUCAAAUGGCAUUGUCAUUUAUGCGAGAUGUUAAUAUUUUUUUUUUCUGGCAUGUUAAAUUUGAGGAAAAUGUUGUUCGAUGUUUGAAAGUGUAAACAGGCAAGCAUCUUACCAAUUAAAGGACCUCACCUCCGUAAACAAUUGAUCCUUGUACAUUCUGAUGGUGAUUUCUUGUGAAUUCUGCUUGAGUUUUCACCGUACAGAUAUUCAGUUGAUGCCCAACAA